AUGCGAAGGUCGCGGCUUCAUGACGGUCGAAAUUCCCCCGGAACUGAAAGCACUGUUAUCAAUCGGAAUAGAGAGUCGCGGUGGGAUCCUACUAUUUACAAACCUGCAGAAUUCUAUGGUAAUCUAGCCGAGCUGUUUGCAAAACUACGGCAAGGACUUGGUUCUCAACUCAAUCGGUAUCUCGCCCUAUUGAAGCUAUUUUCGAAGCAGUCGUUGAGCACUUACGAACUUUCAAAAGCAGUUGAGAAGCUGUUAUCAAGCGAAUUGUUAACCAUUCAUGAUGAAUUCGUAGGCGUGUUGUCAGAAUCGUGUCAGCUGAAGGGUUAUGUCCCGCAUAUCUCGACUAUUAACGCACUGCUCAUUCUGCGUAGCCUUGAGAAUGGAUGGGCAGCUCCUGAUCCCUCUGCUGGUCAACUUCUCGGUGAUGCUGUAAAGACAAUGUUAGCUGAUAGAAUCGAUGCUGCAGUACAUGUGCGAAAGAAACCAAUUCUCGAUGGAAUCGGAUUUCGAAGUGGCUUCCAACCUGUUUAUGACAAUAGCAUCGAGCGUAAACACUCCAUUCACCAUAUUACUACUGCAGACCUCUAUGAGUCGUUUUCGGAUAACGGACACUUCCUCGGUGCUGAGACUCCCAAUCUACUUCGAAUGAAAUGUCAUUCCAACUUUUACGAAAAGCUGAAAUCAUCUCUCUCUAAAACCCAAGUAGUUAACGGCCAAGCAAGGCCAGAAGAAAUACCUGUUUCUUUCGUGCCGGAACGUGAACACGUCGAAGAAGCCACCGUCGUCGAAAGCUUUUGUAAUGUUACCUGUGUCGCGGCCUAUGCGAACAUUUUCAUUAACGCUGUUAACAACUAUUCUGUAUUCUCCGGACCUAUCCAUGCUCCUUCAGGGAGAUCUUCAUUGCCAGGUACUUCCUCAAGAGUUACGUUUUGGGAACCAGAUAUUGUUCCCGUCGAGGAUAUGGGACCACAUUCAUCGAAGGAAAUUGGUCCAUUGAAAGACAAACGCGCAAAGCGCAAGAGGGUCGACAUGUUUGAAUCAAGCUCAGAUGCUGUAUCAAUUACAAAAAUAGCAGCUCGGAAAUCUGCUAAGUUAGAUUUGAGUGCACACCCCUCCAGUGUUUUGGAUCUCUCUUCGGGUGGAAGCAUAUCGGAUGACAUAGAGGCAACGUCGGUGGUUAAGCGUCGUCCUUUUUCUCCUUCACUGAUUGGCAGAAGGCGGACUCAUUUUUCAUUACCGUCGUCAAUGUCUGCAAGAGAUAGAAAUCUGCAUACUAGGCCCUCGAACUCCAGAAAAAUUGUCACAAUAGAGAUUUCUUCAGACGAAGAAAUGGAGGAUGAAGAAGAGCCGAUGACUAUGCAGGAGUCCCAGCUUGCAAGUGAAUCGAGGAAGUUAAUCAAAUCGAUGGAAUCUUCGAUGUCAAAGUCACGCGGCCGUAAGUCCCAUCGGGGAAGGUCUGCUGGUGCCGCUGUAUCUUCACUUGACAAGGACGCUAUACAGAAAGCGCAGGCUAUCAUCGAAGCAUGGAGAUUGUCUUCGUAUGAAGUUGUGCCAGACGAAGUAGAUCUUUCUCUUAGUGAACGGAACCAGCAGAAGACUAAUCGAUCGCACCAUGGUAGUUUGGACAGUAUUCCCAUGUCAGCGGAUAUACCUGAAAGCUCCCAUGAGAAAGUAUCACGUUCAAAAACCCAACGACGCGCUCGCACCCUUCCUUCUAAAAAAGCUAACAAAAACGACCUCUGUAUUGAAACAACUCAACAAAAAAGAGACGACUUUUUAUCACCGGAAAGUUCUCAAAAUAGGCCUGCUGGAAAAGAUAAGUCAGUUCCAUUACCUGCCGGUGUAGCCGACGAACGAGCUGAAAGUUCUCAAACAACUCAGAAUGUUGAGCUGGCUUCUCAGGUAUCUUCUUCAGGAACACACGAAAGCUCGCAGAAACAGCACGUACGAGGGAGAAAGCCGAAGAAGGCGAUAGAAUCUGUGGCAUCAGAACAGCUCGACACUCCUCGAUCGCUCAAGUCUGCUGAAGGUUUUCCGCAUUCAGAAACUGGUCCCAUUCAUUCAUCCCAAGCUACUGCACCGUUCUCACUGCACGUUGCUGAAAAGCUUCCAGAAGUUCAGGAGACACAACAUGAUACGCCUACAACAGUGGCGGAGCCUCGAACUCGAACAAAUCAUCCCCGACGAGGAAGACCGCCUAAGAAGGUGGCUGCGCCUAUAGAAACUGAGGAACUGGUUUCUGCACUCCCCCUAAAAUCUGAUAAAAUUGUUGUGCCGUCGGAAGUGGAUCCCAUGCGCUCCCCAGAAUCUUCUGCUUCAUCACCAGAGCGGACUGCCGAAAACAUCAGUGAAACUCUGAGCAGUCAGAGGGUAUUAACCCAGCCGAGCCAGUUAUCUUCGUCGGAAACUCAAGAGGAUUCACAGACACGGAAACCGCGAGGAAGAAAGCCCAGAAAAUUAGAAGAAUCUGAACGUCAUACGUUAGAUUCAACGCGUCCACUCAGAUCUGGUAAAAAAUUAGGUCCGGCUAAGAAUACGGAAUCUCCCACUUCUUCCCCAGAGCGAAGUCUUGACAAGUCUUCCAAGAGGCGUGGCCGUCCAAGUAAAUUGAGUUCACCCACUCGUCUUUCUUCUUCAGAAACACAGGAUGACUCACACAUGCGUCAUUCAAGACGAAACAGUUCGCCACAAAGGUUGCCUUCAAGCGAUACUACCGACAGAGCUUCUAAGAAUCGAGAACAGGAUAGCUCUGAGCAGGAUACACCACGCGAUGACGUAGAGCCCAUUCAGGGUAAGGAGCCAAGGUCUCGUAAACAAAGAUCGAAAUUUGAAGAACAUGCGCAGCUGCGUGAUGCGAACGUUCUGAGCAAGGAUUUGGAAAGUUCUAGAAGGGGAGGGAAGAAGAUAUCUUUCGGAAAUCGAAUAGUUCCAGAAAGAAUCAAAAAGGAUGAAACUUCCUCCCUGAAAGCAAGCGUAAAGAGAGCACCCGCUGGCAAGGAUGACGAAAGGAGGACUACCCGCUCUCUACGUUCGUCAAGUCAAUCUAGUGGUGAAGAAGAUUCUCCACAGACGGGAACUGUUGCAAGGGGAAGGUUUCAUGAAAGAGCCGCUAAAGAACGUGCAAAGCCGUCUGAUUCAGCUCCAACUAAUCGACGUUUUCGAAUGGAAGACAAAACAAAACGUCAUUCGAAGAAACCUGAUGAAAGCGAUGAAGAUCAGAUUGAUGAACCCGCAAAAUCUCGCAAAAUGUCCCUCCGCCAAAGAGAUCACUAA